GGGCAGUUAUUCUCAGUCAGUCGACUUGCCGCCGCCGCCGCCGCAUUGACGCUCACACCGGUGACCGCCGCGCACGCCGCAUACAUUUCCGAACGCUUUGCGUCCACCUGCACUUCUCGCCUGCACGUUUCUUGUGUAAUCAGUCACGACGCUCCUGCUGCCCCCGCCGCUGUACCCACUCAUACUGCUCCCAUCGUUGAUUUCCGGUGUCUGAGACUGUGGCAGUACUGCACUUGCCGCCGCUCGACAAGCAGCUGUUUCUUCCUCAAUUUACCACUGCAUAAACAGCAACUUUUUAAUAAUUGAAUCGGUAAACAAAAUUGGUGUCCGCACGCGACGAGAAUGCACCGAGAGCGUAUGUUUUCCGCGCGUCGCGCGCAUUCCUGCCUUGGCGUCGUCGUACUCCUCGGCGUACAUCUAAUCGUCGGUUCACGUGCAGUGCCUCUAUCGAUGGUGAUGAAUUCGCCCGGCAUCGUCAUCCCGAACGCGCUGGAUGAAGAGUUGCGGGACAACAACCUAGACGACGACUUCACAACGCAUCCCCUCGAACGGUUAAGCUCGGCGGCAACUUGUCUAGUCGCUGGGGUGGAAUACACUCAUGGACAACAGAUUUAUCGCAAAGAUCCAUGCGAGUUCUGCCUGUGUCUCGACGGGGAGAUGUUUUGCUGGUGGCAGGACUGCCCGCCAACACUGGAGGGUCCCUGCAAGGAUCGUGGACCAUUCACGCCGUGCCAGAACGGGGCAAAACCAGCGCCGCCACCGUCGUCCGCAUCCGAGUUGAAAAGUUCCGCGGUAGCGCCGGCUCCAACUGGCCGCCCAACCGCACUUUUCCCAACGUCUUCCGCCACCACCUCGGUUGGCCCACCCGCAACGGACCUAGUGGUCGUCACACCAAACGUCGCCGACAGCGGGAGCGAUGACCCUCUGGAGGGGGCGAACGAGGAUGGUGUCGGCCCAACUGAUGCCACAUCCACCGAAAGUGUCGAUGAACGCACCUCUGAGUGGACUUCCACAGUGACGCCUAAAAUCUGCACAGUGAUGGGGCGGCAAUAUAAUGUGGGUGACCGACUGCCGCACGAUACUGGCAAUUGUGUCGAAUGCAUUUGCGGACGUGGAGCACAUAUCACCUGCUCACCACACCAAUGCGCCCCGGCGACAAGCGACGACAACGUCGAUGAAAUCAACGACUACCGGCCGCCCGGUUUGCGCGCCGCACAGCCCGACGUCUUUUAAGUCGCCUCCUUGGCCGCCAUCGUCCCGACACAGAAGUUUUAUAGAUUUUAUCAUACUUGAAUAUUUAGGAAAAAAAUAUAGACGACGGCCGCGUACUAGAGAAACUCUCUUUGAUUUCGUACCGAAAACUUGCGCAUAUCAAAUGUUAACAUUAGCAUAUCCAAGAGGCAGACGGUGCAAGUAGAAACCGUAAAGUGGCAAAGUAAUUACGUGGAAAAAGCGAGAACGUUAGGAGAAAUUUAUGAAAAAUGAAAUUUACACACAAUGGCGAUGGCGCAGAACGUUUGCAGCAUGAAAUCAGCGCAAAAAGCGUUCGGAUUCCAAAAAAACCACACAUAAAAAAAGUAAAAUUUUAGUUUAUUCGGUGCAAAUAACUAAAACAUUUUAAAUUAAUUUAGCAAAUACCGGCUGAAAGCCGAAGCCAAACGGGCGAUGGAAGCGUUUAAAGAAGUAACGGCGUGCAAGGGAAAAGUUACUACUCAAAAAGGAAAAAAAAACUCGCAAAAAAUCGAACAGAGCAUAGACUUGGAAGUACUCCAAAGGAGAAACUUGGCGGAUUAACGGAAGGAAAACGAUGGAAAGUGCGCUGGAGAAAAACGAUUGAAUUGAUUUUCCUUCUUUUGUUUGAAACGGCAUUGUUUCUCUCUCGUAUCCUGGUCAAAUUCCUGUUUAAAGAUGUGUUGUGCUUGAAUUUAGAUUUUCCUUUUCAGGAAAUCAUCUUCUUUAAUUUCAAACCGACAGAUUGAUUUUCAUGCAUGUGCUAAAUAAUUUUCAAAGCAUGUUUAUUCAAAGAUGGAAGUUACAAUAUCAAACGUAGAGUAAACGAGGGAAAUAAUACAAAAUGUAAUAAAAAUUUAAGAAAAAUUACAUUUUCCUGUGUGUGUCUUAAUCAAAUCAUCAUAUUCAUGUACCAAUUUAGUACCAACUAUCUAAAUAUACAAGUAAAGUAAAUAAAAAUAAACAAAAAUAUAACUAGCAGUAAAGUAGAGGUAAGAAACUGAAAUUUCGAAACUGUACGCUAAAAUUAUAUGGAAAUAAUGAUGACAGACGGAAA